AUGAAGGAAUUCAACUUUUUAAGUCGACAUACUUCUAUUCAAUACCUUGGCCCAAGCCUUCUGGCCGAGGAUCAAGCAAAAGAAGCGUGGAGAAGUCGACCUCAUUUCGCGCGGGGCCGGGGGGUCGGGCUGGGGGAUUGGGUUAUGUCGGAGCACCCUCAACACAUCAGAACGGAGGCGGGGGACAAGGAGGAGGGCAAGCGUUGGGUAACCCAUCAUAUGGGCCUCCGAGGAACGCACCGGCGGGACCCUUGACCUUUGAUUUAAGCGAGUUCCCAGCCUUGGCGCCGGGGGGCGGGAUGGGCGGGGGCGGAGG